CGCACCGCCCACCGGCCCCAGGCCCGCCAUCGGCCCCGCCGCCCGCGGGAGACCAAGCAAGGUUUCAGCUCUGUCCCUGAUGUUUUGGGACCCUCUGCUGACAUGGCUGUCCUUUGCAGCUGAUAUUUGGAUAUAGUCCUGGUUGUCAGCAUGAAAGGAAAUACUGCACACUGUGACUGGAACUCUGCACCCCAAAAGAAACCCUCUCCUUGUGAUCGAUACAAACAUGCUUGUGUUAUUUGCAGAGGAUUUGUUUAUCUCUAUGGAGGGAGGAAUACCACCAGCCUUAGGGAUUUUUGGAGAUACCACAUGGCAAAGAAAGAAUGGGAAAUGCUGGAUUGCUCAAGAGAUGGUCCAGAAGAACUGGAAGAACAUUCAAUGGUGGCUUAUAAGGGCACCCUGUAUAUUUUUGGUGGGAUGGUGGAUUCUGCUUUCACACAAGCAAAAACUCCUCUCUGGAUAUAUGACAUUGAUUCUGCAAGAUGGACAGAGUGCCCUAACGUACCAGCAGAGACUGAGAGUUCAGCACCAACUAACAGGAAAGGUCACAGUGCAGUAGUGUACCAUUCCAGCAUGUACAUCUAUGGGGGAUAUUUUGGCAUCAGAGGCAUUUCACAGGAGUUCUGGAGUUUCCAUUUUGAUACAAGCAAAUGGUUGUGUGUUUCCACGCCUGCUCACGGUCCUGGCCCAGGGCCUCGGCAUGGCCAUUCAGCAGUGGUUUAUCACACGGGCAUGUACCUCUUUGGGGGACUGAUGGGGCUGAAUGAACAGAAGGACUUAUGGAAGUGGGACUUUGUAAGCAGCAGCUGGUCCAGCAUCAGAACAAGCCACGGACCUCCUCCAGUGGUGGGUCACGCUUCAGCAGUCUUCAAAGACUUCAUGCUGAUUUUCGGUGGAGGGAUUUCUAAUUCCAGUCCUAACGGUGACCUCUGGAAGUACCAUUUCCAUACGCAGGCAUGGAAGAAGCUAAACAGUGCUACGAAGGCAAACUUUCCUCCUAAAAUGUAUCACUGCAUCUUAGGCAUUGGAGUUGACUUCCAGACUGCCCCAGGUGUCACUAAGACAUUCCCCAGCCCCCAAGAGGGUGAGCAGGGAGCCCGUGCCCAGCAGGUGACCCUGCCCAGGCACACGCGCUUCUGCAGCUCCUUCCGCCAGCAGCCCGCCUGCCGCGGGGAGGGUAACGCCAUCGAGAUGAAAACCUUCAGCUUGCCUCUAGAGCCAGGGGGCUUUUGUGUGUUUCAGACUGCUCCAGAGGCAGAACUAGACCCAAACACAACCACCGCAGGCAUUUUGGCAAAGGACAAGUCUCUCCGUCUCUUUGUCUCUUCAGAAAAAGAGACUUUUGCUGCUACUCCGACUGUGGGAGAGGAGGGAGCUGACUGUCAGCACGCGGCUGUGGUGGAUGAAGUUGGCUGUGACAGCGACAUGCUACUGCUCAUUGGGGGUAAACCUUUGUCCAGCUUUUCUGAGAUCUCGUUCUGGCAGAUAAGAGUUUGAUGGCUUGUGAUCACUUUGACUGCAAAGCAAAAGAAUAAAU